UGUGUAUUUUUUCUCUUCGUUGUGCAGCAUUUAAUGGCAGAGAUGAGUAUCGACAUUUCAGAGGUACCGGAACUUAUUGCGGAUCUGAUGAAAAUGAUUAGAGAGGGCGACUACUCAGCUUUUAAAACGAAAGUAGAAUUUUACAAUCUAGGCAAAGAUGUAUUAAACAAAACCAUCAACGACAAGUGCACCCUCUUAAUGUGUGCGAGCUACCACAAGCACCUAGAGAUCGUCCAGCUAUUGCUGGAGAGAGAUUGUGAUGUGAAUUUUAAAAGUAACCCUAACUGGACCGCCUUGAUGUUUGCGGCACAUGCGGGGAGUGUUGAGGUGCUGAAGCUACUCUUGGAGAAGGGGGCGCAAAUCAACGACGUCAACAGUCUGGGGUCCACAGCUCUCAUCCUCGCCACGUCAAGAGGUCACAAGGACGUUGUGGAGAUUCUCCUGAAUGAAGGGGCGGAUACAGACGUUGUUAACUUUGCUGGGUGCAACGCUCUAAAGUAUGCCGAGAAGAAACGAUUUAAGGAAAUCGCCUCACUUAUUUUAAAAUGUAAACCCAAUUCAUAA